AUGUAUUCCACUAAGGUCGACCCAGAAUCGCUCCUAGAGGAGCCCCCUUCGCCUCAUUCCCCAGAUGGGCAGUCAUUCUCUGGGAUUCCUGCCCUUGUCUUCUUCUUCCUCACCUUCACCACCGGUCAGGCAGUCCACCGGGCGUGGGCCGACCUUUCCACCGUCUCAUUCAUCGUUUCCGCCUACGUGGCUCUCCUGUUGUUGUUCUGGUGCCUGCGGAGGUUGGACGGGUUGCCCCGCGGUGGCGCCGGAGCCGGCACCACCGCGGAAGAGAAGCGGCUCAAGUUCGCCGUGUGGCUCCUCUCCCUGAUCCUGAACGGCAUGUUCGCGUUCCGGGUCGCGGAGAUGCUGCCCCCGGCGCUCGCCGCCGUGGUCUGGAUGGUAGCCGGAGCGACGGCCUUAGCGGGUGUCUACACGUUCUUCAUAUAUCGCGAGCCCCUCCCGGACGCUAUUGGCAGCUCCCUGCCGUCGUCCACGGCCGAAACUCUCGCACAUUGA